CAUCGCAUCAUUCUCUCUCCCUCUCUCUCAUGGUUCUCUCCUUGCUUCGUCUUCUUCACCAAAAUCCAAACUUUCCCCACAGAAACUCCACUUCGCAGCAAGCGAAAACUCUGCACUGCACAUAGUACGCAGUACAGUUCAAUCCCUCGUCGCUUCUCCGCCUGCUUGACGACCGCCGCCGCCGCCGCCAUGAUCAAGUGGCACGAUCUCUACGCGGUGCUGGUCGCGGUGGUGCCGCUCUACGUGGCGAUGAUCCUGGCCUACGGCUCCGUGCGGUGGUGGAGGAUCUUCUCCCCCGACCAGUGCUCCGGCAUCAACCGCUUCGUCGCCAUCUUCGCCGUCCCGCUCCUCUCCUUCCACUUCAUCUCCACCAACGACCCCUACCGCAUGAACCUCCGCUUCAUCGCCGCCGACACCCUCCAGAAGCUCCUCCUCCUCCUCCUCCUCGCCCUCUGGGCCAACCUCCACCGCCGCGGCUCCCUGGACUGGUCCAUCACCGUCUUCUCCCUCUCCACCCUCCCCAACACCCUCGUCAUGGGCAUCCCUCUCCUCGGCGCCAUGUACGGCACCGAAGCUAGCAACCUCAUGGUCCAGGUGGUCGUGCUGCAGUGCAUCAUCUGGUACACCCUCCUCCUCUUCCUCUUCGAGUACCGGGGCGCGAAGAUCCUCAUCAUGGAGCAGUUCCCCGAGACCGCCGCGUCCAUCGUGUCCUUCAAUGUCGACCCGGACGUCGUCUCCCUCGACGGCCGGAACUUCCUCGAGACCGACGCGGAGGUCGGCCAAGACGGGAAGCUGCACGUCACCGUGAGGAAGUCGAACGCGUCGCGGCGGUCCUUCGGCCUGGGCCCUGGCGGCGGCGGCUCGUUCUCCGGGAUGACGCCGCGACCUUCGAACCUCAGCGGCGUGGAGAUCUACAGCCUGAGCUCGUCGCGGAACCUGACUCCGAGGGGUUCCAACUCGGACUUCUACUCCAUCAUGGGCGUGCCUCGGCUCUCCAACUUCGGACCCUCCGACGUGUACUCCGUCCAGUCCUCCCGGGGCCCGACCCCGAGGCCAUCGAACUUCGACGAGAACCUGCAGCCGUCCCCGAAGUUCGGGUUCUACCCGGCCCAGGUCGCGUCCGCCCCGUACCCGGCUCCGAUCCCCGAUUUCGCAUCAGCAUUCGCGAAGAGCGGCAAACCCAACCAGCAACAGCAGCAGCCGCCGCCGGCGCCGCCGGAGCAGCAAUCUAACGGCGCGGCGAAGGCAAACAGUUACGACGCCAAGGAGCUCCACAUGUUCGUGUGGAGCUCCAGCGCCUCGCCGGUUUCGGAAGUCGGCGGGCUCCACGUUUUCGGCAGCGGCGAUUUCGGGGCUCCGGACAAUCAAUCCAGGCGGGCCGAUCACAGCGUCAAGGAGAUCCGGAUGAUGGUUACCGAUAAUAACCAGCCCAACGGCGAGACCAAAACUGCCCCGGAAACGACGGGAUUUACUGGGCAAGAUCAGUUCAACUUCGUGGCUAAAGCAGACGAAAGGGACGAGGGAACCGGAGGAGAGAAGGAGGCGGCCGGGCCCGACCGGCCCAACAAGCUCUGCGCGAGCUCCUCCGCCGGAGAGCCGGGGGGGUACGGCGGCGGCGACGACGCCGGGAACGACAAGCAGAUGCCGCCGGCGAGCGUGAUGACCCGCCUCAUCUUGAUCAUGGUGUGGAGGAAGCUGAUCCGGAACCCCAACACCUACUCGAGCCUCAUCGGCAUCAUCUGGUCCUUGAUCGCCUUCCGGUGGGAUGUGGGAAUGCCCGAGAUCGUCGACAAGUCCAUCCACAUACUGUCCGACGCCGGGCUGGGAAUGGCCAUGUUCAGCUUGGGUCUGUUCAUGGCUCUUCAGCCUAAGCUAAUUGCGUGCGGGAACUCUGUCGCCACGUUCGCCAUGGCCGUCAGGUUCCUCGUUGGCCCAGCUGCGAUGGCCAUCGCCUCCGCCGCUAUCGGAUUGCGCGGGCCCCUACUCCAUAUAGCCAUCGUCCAGGCGGCGCUUCCCCAGGGAAUCGUCCCGUUCGUGUUUGCCAAGGAGUACAACGUUCAUCCGGCCGUUCUCAGCACCAUGGUCAUAUUCGGGAUGCUGAUAGCCCUGCCAAUCACGCUUGUCUAUUACAUUCUUCUAGGACUAUAAAAAGGAUUCCUCCUAAAUAUAUUCCCACCCCCCUAUACACGAGUCGCAAAGGAAGUGAAUCCGAAGCAUAAUCCAAUCCGACAAUGGCGAAAUUGACGACAAAUGGGAGAGGCGAUUCGGGGAAGCACUCGUGAGGAUUUCCUGGGAUUCUUACACGGGGAAGAACGAAGCGACAAGGGGUGUAAAACGUUAGGCGAAUCCCCCCCCUGGAAAAUAGGGUUCAUGUCUCCAUAAGAGGCCAAUUAGAGCUGGUCUGAAUUGGUUUUUUAUUAUUUUUCUUUUGCAAGUGUUGAUUAUUGAGUAAGAAAGAAUAUAUAUAUAUAGAGAGAGAGAACACCUAGCUAUGUAGCUUAGUCUAAUGUUUUCAAUGGGGACAUGAGGGGUGGGAAGGAGGUUCUAGAUAAGAUAUACCCUUCAUUAUAUUAUUCCUAGAUUCCUAAAGUUUCCCUCCAUUGAAUGAAUGAAGAAGAUGGAGGAGGGAAUUUGGCUCCCCUCCUCUCUUUUUUCUUUUUCC